UUUAUUUCUUGCCUCCCCCCCCCCAUACUUGCUUAUUGUUAAUGUACAAUGUUGUUUUGGCCGACAGCUUGACACCCCUAGGAAUGGCAGCCCCAUCUAUGAAGGAGAGGCAGGUUUGCUGGGAAGCCCGGGAUGAGUACUGGAAGUGUUUAGAUGAGAACACAGAGGAUGCUUCUCAAUGUAAGAAGUUAAGAAGAUCAUUUGAAUCAAGCUGUCCCCAACAGUGGAUAAAAUAUUUUGAUAAAAGAAGAGACUACUUAAAAUUCAAAGAAGAAUUUGAAGCAGGAAAAUUCCAGCAUUCAAAAACAACUGCAAAAUCCUAGGCUGUUCCUGAACUUUUCAAAAUGGUUAAAACUACUUUUUGGACAUUGACACGGCUGCAUGGUCAGCAGAGCCGUGAAUCAUGGUAAACAUCAGUGCUUGUUUCCUGUAUACAACACUGAAUAAGAAAAGUGAUCAAGGAACAUAAGAUUCAUGAAGAAUUGAAAUAAAAUGGCAUUAAAUAUGCUUUAAGAAAUCUAUA